AUGAAGAAAGGCAGCCCGGUGCUUAACUCAUCAUCUCGAUUAAUGAAGAGUUCAGUGUCAGGACUGCAUCGAGCCAGCCACAGUUCAAGACAUGUAUGGAGCUUUUCAGGUUCACAAAGCAGAAGAAACUCCACCCAGGCUAAAGACAGCAAGGCUAAGGAUAAGGGUGACAAUCAAGAACCCAAGAAAACAGCAAGGGUGUUGGAUGACGAUGGCAGUGACGUCACUCCUCCGACUCUCUACCAUGCAGAGCCAGGUGACACAAAUCCCAAACCAGGCAGGUUCUUUCUGGAUGAAAUCUUUUCAAGCACGGGAUCAGAUCACUUGAAAUCCAUGUCAAGCUUCUCUGUAGCAUCUCACAGCUCGUUUUUCGGGAGCAGCAGAAUGUCCAGCCAUUCUACCAAAGCCUCACUGACCAAGGACACUGAGGAUAGCGUUCCCAAAUUGGAAGUGCCAGUCCACGCACCAGCUCCAUGUGUCUUUUUGUUUUGUUUUUGUGUCAUUAUAUUUUGUUCUCUGCCAGAAGUAAAGAGAAAAAAAGACAAAGACAAAGAACAUUUAACAGAAGAAAUGCUGGAUGAGAUGGUGGACAUCUGCCUCUCUGAGACGGACACCAUUUCACUGCUGAAUAUGCCCAAUACUUUGGUGUCAGAGGAUGUGGAUGAUGCAAAGACUCUUAAGAAGAGAAACAUUGAAUAUGCUGAUCUCUGCAAGAACAGAAUGGGCAAUGAUAAGUAUGUAAACCGAUCAAUGCAGACGUUCAAUGGAGCACCGAAAGACAAAGCGAUCCAGAGUGACAAGAUUGUCAUGGUGGAUGCAGGCAUUAUGGCUACUGUCUGGGAUAUCUACGACUCUUUUUGUAAACAAAGUACAACUGUUGAAAAUGGGAAGAUUGACUUUCCAGAGAGCACUGUGAAGACAAGCAAAGGUCCAGAAAGCAGCAGCAGCAGCACAGUCGGCACAGGCAGUACCAUUAGCUCCCUGUUAGAAAUAGAGAUGUGCGGGACCGGUUUAAAUGCUGAGUCCGACCCACUGGAGAUCAUGCUGUCCGAGGCUUUCCAGCACAGCUUAUUAGUAAUGGAGCGGAGCAUCCUGGCAAACGUCUUUCAACCCAGACUGGCUGCUUUUAGACAGCUGCCCGUUCUUGCAGACCCUGACUGCACAGUGGAGCCUGAGCCUGAGGCCGAGGAGCAGGACGAGGAGGAUAAGGAGAGCCCUCCAACUCCAGCUCUGGAACAUCUCUGGGUUUUUAGCUGUGAGCUCACCAAAGGACGCAACAUUACCAGCAUGGCCUGGAACAAGGAGAACCUGGACUUACUGGCUGUGGGCUAUGGUGACAUUGACCUCAGUACUCAGAAAAGUGGCCUAAUCUGCUGCUGGUCUCUCAAAAACCUUACAUGGCCGGAGCGUGUUUUCCACUGUCACAGUAGUGUCACAUCUCUGGAUUUCUCAGCCAACAACCCAGACCAGCUGGCAGUGGGGAUGUAUGACGGUACCGUAGCCAUCUACAGCGUCCACGGUCAAGAAAACAAGGCAUGUGUCGCCACCAGCAGCGAGUGUUCCAAAAAGCACAUGCAUCCAGUGUGGCAGGUCAACUGGACUAAACAAGAGAUGAGAUUAUCAGGGGAGGACAGAGUAGAAUCUCUCGUCUCUGUGUCAGCAGAUGGCAGGAUUACCAAGUGGCUCCUCCACAGCAAUGGCCUUGACUGCAUAGACCUGAUGAAGCUGAAGAGGACUCAAGACAAGAAGAAGAAAGCUGCAGGGGGCAAGAAGAAGGCAAGCAGCGUGUUGUCAACGAUGACUCCUGGUCUGUGUGUCGACUUCCAUCCAACAGACUCCAGCUUCUAUUUGGCAGGCACAUGGGAGGGCCUCAUCCAUAAGUGCUCUUUUUCCAACAGUCAGCAUUUCCUGGACACUUAUCGGAAGCACUUUUGUCCUGUGAACCGCAUUGAAUGGUCUCCAUUCAGUCCUGGUGUGUUCCUGAGCUGCUCAUCUGACUGGACCAUCCAGCUGUGGAAGCAGGACUGCUUUACCCCCGUGUUGGGCUUCACUUCCACCCAGAAGGCAGUGUACACCGUCAGAUGGUCCCCAAACUGGCCCACAGUGUUUGCUUCCAUUAAUGGACAACAGGUGGAGAUAUGGGACCUGAACUCAAGCAUCGUGGACUCCGUCAUUGUGCACCAUGCUGCACCUGGUGUGAACAUGACCUCGCUGCUGUUUGCCAAAGGGACAGACUGCGUCUUGGUUGGGGACAGUAAUGGACAAGUGACUUUCUACGGGCUCAAAAACUUCAAUGUGGGAGAGGGCAAGCAGAUGGACAGUUUGGAAGACAUCAUUCGCUCUGCAAUAUCCAGGUAG